AAAAACUUCAAAAUUCAAAUUAUCCAUUAUGUCUACCAACAUGCUUCAAAGAAUAUUUGUCAAAGUAUGUUAAGUGUAUAGAUAAUAAAUUAAUGAUUAAAUAUAUAGGGCCUAGUGAUAGUGAUAAUCAAUCAGAAUCAAUUUCUACUGAUUUUUCUGUUUUAUCUGAAAUUUUGUUAUAUUAUUUUGAAGUUAAUAUUAUAGAUAAUGGCAAAACUGGUUAUAUUGGAAUUAGAUUUGCUAAAAAUUUAAACAACCUUAAUAUUUUGCCAGGAUGGCAUUCUGGUUCAAUGAGAUAUCAUGGUGAUGAUGAAUUUAAAUUUGAUGAAAGUGGUUAUUAUGAAGUAUACG